AUGGUUCUCUCAAACCUCGACCUGGUAGCCCAAUGCGAUGGCUUCCCCUACCACCAAACGGACCCCACCAGCUACCUCGCGAGCAUAAACACAUACUACCAGCUCCGGGUAUCAGACCACGAUUAUGCACUGGGCUACAUGCUGCCCUCCGUCGCCGAGGUCUUCCGCGGAAUCCCCAACUGGGAUAUGGACGACGAGGAUCGCAUUCUGACCCUCACCGGCGGCAGUACAGCAGCGGAGCGCUCUCAAGCUGUUGAAACUACACUGUUGGCGAUGAGGAAGACAGGGCACUUCAAAGUGCUGGACAAGUGGAGAGGGGAGCUGUACGCUGUAUACGGCCGCGAUAAAGAGCUGUUGUUCAAUGUGGAGAGGAGCGCGAGCCCACUGCUGGGCGUGGUUACUUAUGGCGUCCACCUCAACGCCUACACACGGACUUCGGACGGCGAACUCAAAAUCUGGACACCUCGGCGCGCGCGCACCAAGCAGACUUAUGGUGGCAUGCUGGAUAAUGCUGUAGCGGGCGGUAUUUCGUCUGGAGAGUCGCCGUUCGAGAGCGUGGUUAGAGAAUGCGCUGAGGAGGCUUCCCUAUCGGAAGAGCUGGUUAGAGGGAAGGCAAAGGCGAGUGGGUCGGUCACAUAUUGGUAUAUUCGCGACGAGAGGGCAGGUGGGGAGACGAAUUUGAUGCAGCCGGAGUGUCAGUACAUCUACGACCUGGAGCUACCGGAGGAAGUUAUCCCCAAACCGGGUGACGACGAGGUGGAGGAGUUUUAUCUGUGGUCGGUGGAAGAGGUGCAGGAGGCCAUGAGGAAGGGCGAGUUCAAGCCAAACUGCGCCAUGGUCGUGUUGGACUUCUUCCUGCGACACGGGAUAUUGACGGCCGAGAACGAAAAGGACUAUAUUGAGAUUGUGUCGAGAUUGCACAGGAGGUUGGAAUUUCCUACACUAUGA